AUGGCCUACCAACAGAUAACUCAAGACGAUGUUGACCACUUCAUGAAACAUGGCUGGAUCAAGCUGUCCAACUGCUUCACGCAGCAACAGGUCGACGACCUCGCUGGAAAUCUCUGGACGCGUCUUGGAAUGGACCCCAACGACAAGUCGACAUGGCAUUCCGAGCGGUUGAACCUUCCCAUGCACAAUGAAUUCGAUGCCAGCAAGUUUGCACCUAAAGCGUGGACAGCGAUUUGCGACUUGCUUGGUGGUGAAGACAAGAUUGCCGAUUACAAUCGCACCUGGAAUGACGGAUUCAUCGUAAACUUCGGCACGCCCGAAGGCGCUGGCAAGGACAUCGGCGGUCGUGAUCUCAAAGGCUGGCACGUUGAUGGCGACUUCUUCGUCCACUACCUCGACUCCCCCGAACAAGGCCUCCUCGUCAUACCCCUCUUCACCGACAUCCAGCCCCAAGCCGGCGGGACCAUGAUCUGCCCACCCGCUAUCCCCAAAAUCGCAAACCACCUGUACCAACACCCCGAAGGCGUGAGCCCGAUGAUGGACCCGCGGGCCGAGGUGCCCAACUUCGAUCGUCCCGUCAACCUCGACUUCUUCAACAACAUGGCGAAAUCCAUGCCCGAGGAUGCGUUCGUGGAAGCCACGGGCAAAGUAGGAGAUGUCUACUUACUCCACCCGCUGAUGCUGCACUCGCAUUCGAACAACAAGCUCCGAAAUCUACGGGUCAUCACUAACCCGCCUGUGAGUCUCAAGGAGCCGUUCUUCCAGGAUCCGAGCAACUACAGCGUUGUCGAGAAGAAGACGCUAGCGGAGCUGGGCAAGGAGGAUCUGGGUGACUGGAAGAUCACGGAGAACAGGGAUAGGCUUGUACCUGCGCGUCUCAAGCGGCAGCAGAAGAUGAAGGAGGAAGAGCUGAAGCGGUUGGAGGAGUUGAAGGCAAAGGGACAGGUGGCGAUGGAUGCGCAGCCGGGGCAGCAGGAAACUAAGGUUGCUUGA